UCUGUUUACUUAAACCCCACGGUGAGGAAGCAAUGUGAGAAAAGUGGUUUCAUUUUAGUGGCUGACACCCAGAGAACAGUAUGGCUGCUCCCCCAGUACGACUUAUUCUAAUCUCUCUCCUCUGCCAACUGACAGUGGCUGCAGCCUCUGAAGCCUUCAAGGAGCUGGUUGGGGCCGUUGGUGGAUCUGUGACCUUCUCUCUGAAUUUCACAGUACAGCAAGUUGACAGUAUUGCCUGGACCUUCAAUGAAACCAAUUUCGUCACUGUAGAGCCAGCCGUAGGAGACCAACCGGCCACUAGCAUAGUAGCACAGAAACGUAACAGGCACAGGGUGUUUCUCCAAGAUGGAGGCUUCUCUCUGACAUUCAGUGAACUGAAGAAGACUGACUCAGGCAUCUACUCUGUGGUGAUACACAGCUCAGACUCUGAGAGUCCCCUCACCUGGAAGUACAGGCUUCAUGUCUAUGAACACCUGUCAAAGCCCAAAGUCACCAUGGGUCUAUACAGCAAUAAAAAUGGCACCUGUACAACCAACCUGACAUGUUUCGUGGAAGAGGGAGGAGAGGAUGUGAUCUACAGCUGGAAGGCCCUGGAUCAGGCAGCCAAUGAGUCUCAUGAUGGCUCCAUCCUCCCCAUUUCCUGGACUCCAGGGGAAAACGACAUGACCUUCAUCUGUAUGGCCAGGAACCCUAUCAGCAGCAAUUCCUCAAGCCCCAUCCUUGCCCGGAAGUUCUGUGAAGGUGCUGUUGAUGACUCAGGUUUCCCCUUGAAACUUUUAUAUCUACUGUUGGUGCUCAUCCCAAUAUGCUUCCUGGUGUCCGUGGCAGUUCUCACUAGCCUAAUGAAGAGAAGAAAAGAACCUGUUGAAAUCAAGAGCAGCGUGGACAUCCAGCAGAAAAUUCCUAACUUCUAUCCCUAUUCUGCAGAGAACGUGGAUUAUGACACAAUCCCCUCAAUCCAUAAAAAUAAUCCAGAGGAAGACCCAGAAAAUACUGUUUAUUCCACUGUGCAAAUACCAAAAAAGGUGGAAAAUCUCCACUCACCAGACAGGAUGCCAGACACACUGAAGGUCUUUGGCUAUGAGAAUAUCAUCUAAACUCCAGAGUGUUCUUUCAAGUCUCAGAGGCACACAAAAGAAUUCCUUGAUCAGAAACUUCAAGACAAACUGACUGCUGGGUGUGGUGUGGUACAACAUUGUAAUUGCAGCAGGACUGUUGCAGGAUAGUCUUGAGUUCAAGGUCAACCUGGAUUACAUUGUGCAACCCUGUUCUGUUCGAGGGCCUAUUAUUUUGUUGCUGCGAUCACCUGGGGACAUCAGACUCCAGCUUCAUUAGCCUUUCUAUGCAAACUCACAUCGGCAAAUUUCCAGGGAGCUUCCAGGCUCUUGGUCUUGGACUGGUGCUGUUUCCUCAUGUCCCUUGUUAUGUGGCUUCCAGCCUCUUGGACGAAGUAGCUACUGGUACCCUGUGGUUCUUUCUCCAUGAGGCACAGGGACAUUGUGGACCCUCCUGCCCCCAAAUCUGUCUAAUAUAUAUUAAUAAGCACAUGUAUUUACAUAAUUAAUAUAAAUUUUAAUAUAUAUGUCUCAAUUUCACAGUUGUUCGCUCAAACUUUUUAAUCAACUCAGCCAAAGAGAUCUUUAAGUUGAUGCUGUUUGCAAUCUAUAUUGGAUUUUUAUGCUAUCUGCUAGGGCCCUCCCACAACUUUUUUUUUUGCUUUAGUUCUUGGGCCUAGCCACUAUGUUCACAUCUUCUGAGUAAAAGCAUAGCUAAAAUCCUCUACUAGAGGCUUUUGAGACUGCGACAAGCACUCCAAUCUCCAGCCCAAAUCCUGGUGGUGGCUACACCAGCAUGAUCCUCAGCACCAAAUGCACCCACUCUGAAAGCCUCUAACUUCUACUUCAUCACUUCCCUUAUCAAAAAGCAUAUGCUGCUUUCCCAGACUCUGGCUCAGGACUGCAUUAAAUCUAUACACCAGCUUUGGUAGCAUGACCAUUUUUACAUUUAGUGUAAUGUUGACAAUAUAUUUGCCAGAUUGGCUUUUGUCAGAUUGAGAUAAAGUCUUCUGUACCUAUUUUCUUCAGGGAUUUUAACAUGAAUGGAUACUGGAUCAUGUCCAAGGCCUUUUCUGUAUCUGUUCAGAUAAUCAUGUGUCAUGGUUUAUGUCAGUGGCCCCCAGGUGUCAUGCGUUUGCAUUAUGUAUUUGUGAUUGGUUCAUUGUCUAGAGCUUGGAUUGAUGGUUUCAGUGUUACACCCACAUAGGGGUGGAGCCAGCAUACAAUAUAAUGACAGGAAGAAGGUGUGUUUUGCUUUCUUGCCAGUUUCUGCCUUGCUGUUUGCAGCCACCAUGAAAUGCAGCCCUGGCAUGUCACCAUGCCUUGGAGCCAACUGAGUAUGAACUGAAACCUCCAAAAACUAUAAGAAAUAAACCUUUUUUCCCCAACUUUGGGCAUCAGGUAUUUUUUCUCAGUGACAAGUAAAAAGUAACUAAGACAGAAUUUGGUACCAGGAGUGGGGUCAUUUGCUGUGACUAUAUCUGAUCAUGUUUUUCAAGAGGCUUUGGAAAUGGCUUGUGGGCAGAGUUUGGAAAGGUUCAUACAUGUUGCCUGGAUGCAUAGAUCUGGAGCAGUUUAGGCUCUUCUGUAGAGAAGAUUCUGGUCAGCACUCAGGAGACCAGAAGGCUGAUAGAAAGCCUGAUGGUAAAGACCACGCUUGGGAGGUUUCUGCUGGGAAGAAGGACUAAAUUCGUUGCUGGACUCCCCACAAUGUGUGUUAUGGCUCUGCAGAAAGUUUAUCCUUUGCUCAUGCCCAGAGACUUUGCCUGAGACUGAGACUAAAUAGGCAAUGGACUGAUAAUCUGGCAAAAUUUCAAGGCAGUCAAAUGUUGAGGCUGUGGCACAGUUAUUGUUGUGGGCUUUUAGCCAGCUUUAUGUUGCAAAUCAAGAGCAAAGAGCCCAGCAGGAUAAUUUGCAACGCUGUGGGUUUGGCCAGAAGGAAAACUCUAGGAAAGCUGUGGAUUACAAAGACAAGUUGAGACUUUGAUUGCUGAGGAGAAACAGAGAGAUAUGAAAGAUGGCCUAGGGGCAUCCAAGGAAGCAAUGGGUCUCCACCCUUUGUAGCCUAAAAACUGCAAAAGUGGAAGAAUUUGCUCAGAGGAGAAAGCACCAUGCUCCAGAAUAGCAAUGGAGGCCACAUGAGGUUCCAGAUGAUAACAUAGAAAAGCUUUUCCUCACAAUCAGGUAAACAGAGCUCAGCAAUCCAAGCACUGGACCCCAACAACCAAGAGAAAAAAAGGCCUGGCUACUACUCCAGCUGGCAGCAAACCUUGGUGGCAUCCACAUGGUGCUGAUUUUAAGUGCAAGGAAAAUGCACAAAUUCUGAGGGUAAGAUGGCUUCCACCUCAAUUGCAAAGGGUGUGGGAGACCAAGCAGUGUGCCCCUGAGAGGGCAAUUUGUAAAGAUUUAAGGGUGAAGCCAGAGGUGCAGUGGAAACCCCAGAAGUUUGGAAAAGCCAGGAACAUGGAUUAUCCAAGGAAAGCUGCAAAAAGUGAGCAAAGAGGUUUAAGAGAAAAGCUGCAGGAACUGAAAUCCCUGGAAGUGCUGUGGCAGUGGAAUCACUCAAGUCUUUUGGAGCUUACAACCAGAUUCCUUCAAAUACUGAGCAUGAAACUCUAGGACUUAAUGUUUGCCCUGCUGGAUGUUGGACUUGCUUUGUUUUCAAUGCUUUAUAUUACCCUCUUUGUAACUUUUGGAAUGGUAAUUUUUAUCUUGUGUCUUUGCAUUUCAGAAAUUUUUAAUCUUGUUUCAUUUUUACGGGGUGCUACAGUUAAGACUUUGCCAUAGAUCUUGGAGGAGACAUGGGAGUUGGACUUUUCAGCAUGCUGAAACUGUUAGGACUUUGGCAACUCUUGGCGAUGGACUAAAUGUCUUUUGUAUAAAAGAUGUACAUGAGUCCUGGGGGCCAAGGGUGGAAUGUCAUGGUUUAUGUCGUGGCCCCCAGGUGUCAUGCAUUUGCAUUAUGCAUUGUGAUUGGUUCAUUGUCUAGAGCUUGGAUUGAUGGUGUCAGUGUUACACCCACCUAGGGGUAGAGCCAGCAUACUAUGUAAUGGCAGGAAGAAGUUGUGUUUUGCUUUCUUGCCAGUUUCUGCCUUGCUGUUUGCAGCCACCAUGAACUGCAGCCCCGGCAUGCCCCAUGCCUUGGAGCCAACUGAGUAUGGACUGAAACCUCCAAAAACUAUAAGAAAUAAACCUUUCCUUUCCCAACUUUGGGCAUCAGGUAUUUUGUCUCAGUGAUGAUUAAAAAGUAACUAAGACAUCAUGUCAUUCUUUUUGUCCUUGUUUCUGUUCAUGUGAUAUAUUAUAUUUAUUGGUUUGUGUAUGUUGUAUCCUUGGAAUGAAGCUUACUUGGUCAUGAUACCUGAUCUUUUUAAUGGUCUGUUGCAUUCUAUCUGACUAUAUCUUGUUGAACAUUUUUGAAUCUAUGUUCAUUAAAGAGAUUGACUUGUAGCUUUCUUUUUUUAA